AUGUCGUUUGUUAUUAGAAGACAAUUGUCAACUUUGAUUCCACCAAAGAUUGCCUCAGCUAAGAGUGUUGGCUCAGCACCAAAUGCUAAAAGAAUGAGCGAAGUUGUUUCGUUUUACAAGAAAUUACCACAAGGACCAGCACCAGCGGUUAAAAAGUCUUCGAACCCAUUUGUUAGAUAUAAACAAGCUUACUUUGACGGAGACAAUGCCUCGGGAAAACCACUUCUUCACUUGGCUGUUGUUGUACUUUUAUUUGGUUAUGCUUUGGAGUACCCACAUUUGAAAGCUCAUCAUUGA